AUGUACAAGCGUCAGGAAUAUGUGGAACUUUAUGAGAAGGAUCUGGCCAAAUGGGCGCUGCUACGCAAUGUUAACACUGUGAUGAAACAAAGCACACUGCUGCUGGGCGACUAUGUCUGGUUGGACUUGAAGACCGGUCGGGAGUUUGAGGUGCCGGUCGGUGCAGUGGUCAAACUCUGCGACUCAGGACAGAUCCAGGUGCUGGAUGAUGAAGGAAAUGAGCACUGGAUCUCCCCUCAGAAUGCAACCAACAUCAAGCCAAUGCAUCCCACCUCCAUCCACGGUGUGGAGGAUAUGAUCCGCCUGGGAGACCUCAACGAAGCUGGCAUCCUCCGCAACCUGCUCAUCAGAUACAGAGACAAACUCAUAUAUACAUACACCGGCUCUAUUCUGGUGGCCGUCAACCCCUACCAGCUGCUGCCCAUCUACACGGCGGACCAGAUCCGCCUCUACACCAACAAGAAGAUUGGCGAAAUGCCCCCCCACAUCUUUGCCAUUGCUGACAACUGUUACUUCAACAUGCAGAGGAACAAUCGCGACCAGUGCUGUAUCAUCAGUGGUGAGUCUGGAGCAGGGAAGACCGAAAGCACAAAACUGAUCCUUCAGUUCCUGGCAGCAAUCAGCGGGCAACACUCCUGGAUAGAACAGCAGGUCCUGGAGGCAAACCCUAUACUAGAAGCCUUUGGCAACGCUAAAACGAUCCGCAAUGACAACUCGUCUCGUUUUGGGAAAUACAUCGACAUCCAUUUCAACAAGAGAGGAGCCAUAGAGGGAGCCAAGAUAGAGCAAUACCUGCUGGAGAAAUCCAGAGUCUGUCGACAGGCCCACGAUGAGAGGAACUACCACGUCUUCUAUUGCAUGCUGAAGGGCAUGACUGCAGAGGAGAAGAAGAAACUGGGGCUGAGCAAAGCCACCGACUACACCUACCUGACCAUGGGUAAAUGUACAGUGUGUGAUGGCCGGGACGACCUGAAAGAGUACUCCAACAUCCGCUCUGCAAUGAAGGUACUAAUGUUCACAGACAAAGAGAACUGGGAGAUUUCUAAACUGCUGGCUUCUAUAUUACACAUGGGAAACCUUAGAUAUGAAGCCCGUACCUACGACAACCUGGAUGCCUGCGAGGUUGUCCGUAGCUCUCACCUGACCACUGCUGCUACUCUGCUGGAGGUGGAUGGUAAGGAUCUGAUGAACUGCCUGACCAGCCGAACUCUGAUCACCAGAGGCGAGACCGUCUCCACCCCACUCAGCAUGGAACAAGCUCUGGACGUACGGGACGCUUUUGUUAAGGGAAUUUACGGACGUUUGUUUGUGUGGAUCGUGGAGAAGAUCAAUGCAGCCAUUUACAAGCCCACGUCCUCACAGCCCAAAGCUCUGAGACGCUCAAUCGGACUGCUGGACAUAUUCGGCUUUGAGAACUUCACUGUCAACAGCUUUGAGCAGCUUUGCAUCAACUUCGCCAACGAAAGCCUGCAGCAGUUCUUCGUCCGUCACGUCUUUAAGUUGGAGCAGGAGGAGUACAACCUGGAGCACAUCAACUGGCAGCACAUCGAGUUCACUGACAACCAGGAUGCUCUGGACAUGAUCGCCAUCAAACCCAUGAACAUCAUCUCACUCAUCGACGAGGAGAGCAGGUUCCCCAGGGGCACAGACACCACCAUGCUGAACAAGCUGAACUUUCAGCACAAACUCAACACAUACUACAUUCCUCCAAAGAACAACCACGAGACUCAGUUUGGCAUCCAACACUUUGCUGGUGUGGUUUACUACGAAACAAGAGGCUUCCUGGAGAAGAACAGAGACACUUUAUACGGUGACAUUAUCCAGCUGGUUCACUCGUCCAAGAACAAGUUCAUCAAACAGAUCUUCCAGGCUGAUGUCGCUAUGGGGGCAGAGACCAGGAAACGUUCGCCCACUCUCAGCAGUCAGUUUAAAAGAUCUCUGGAGCUGCUGAUGAGGACUCUGAGCGUCUGCCAGCCUUUCUUCGUUCGCUGCAUCAAACCCAAUGAAUACAAGAAGCCCAUGUUGUUUGACAGGGAGCUGUGUGUGCGUCAGCUGAGGUACUCGGGCAUGAUGGAGACCAUUCGUAUCCGGCGGGCAGGAUAUCCCAUCCGCUACACCUUCGUGGAGUUUGUCGAUCGCUACCGGGUGCUCAUGCCUGGAGUCAAACCGGCGUACAAACAGGAGGACCUGAGGGGAACCUGCCAGAAGAUCGCUGAGGCGGUGCUCGGCAGAGACGAUGACUGGCAGAUGGGAAAGACCAAGAUCUUCCUCAAGGAUCACCACGACAUGCUGCUGGAGAUCGAGAGAGACAAGGCCAUCACUGACAAGGUCAUCCUCAUCCAGAAGGUGGUCCGAGGUUUCAAGGACAGAUCUAACUUCCUGAAGAUGAGGAAGUCGGCUGUGUUGAUCCAGAAGACGUGGAGAGGGUAUCACUGUAGGAAGAACUAUGGAGCUAUGCGAGCGGGCUUCUCGCGCCUCCAGGCUCUAGUUCGUUCCAGGAAGUUGUGUGCGUCGUAUCACGUGGCCCGCCAAAGAAUCACAGGCUUCCAGGGUCGUUGUCGGGGUUAUUUGGUGCGCCGGGCGUUCAGACACCGGCUGUGGGCCGUCAUCACCAUCCAGGCCCACACCAGAGGCAUGAUCGCUCGCCGGCUGUAUAAGAGGCUGAAGGGGGAGUACCGCAGGCGGCUGGAGGCGGAGAAGAUGCGUCUGGCUGAAGAGACCAAACUAAGGAAUCAGAUGUCUGCGAAGAAAGCGAAGGCAGAGGCCGAACGCAAACACCAGGAGCGUCUGGCCCAGCUGGCCAAAGAGGACGCCGAGCGGGAGAAGAAGGAGAAGGAGGAGGCUCGGAGGAAGAAGGAGAUGGUGGAGCAGAUGGAGAAGGCCCGUUUGGAGCCCGUCAAUGACUCCGACAUGGUGGACAAAAUGUUCGGCUUCCUGGGGACGACGGCCUCUUUCCCAGGCCAGGAGGGACAAGCCCCUGCCGGCUUUGAGGACCUGGAGCAGACCCAUCGGGAGCUAGAGGAGGAGGAUCUAGACGAGGCUCUUCCUCUGCCUGAGGACGAUGAAGAGGAGGAUUUAUCGGAGUACAAAUUUGCCAAGUUUGCCGCCACCUACUUCCAGGGCACCACCACGCACACCUACGUCCGACGGCCUCUCAAACAGCCUCUGCUGUUCCACGACGACGAGGGAGACCAGCUGGCUGCUCUUGCGGUGUGGAUCACAGUGCUGAGGUUCAUGGGAGAUCUGCCGGAGCCCAAGUACCACACGGCCAUCAGCGAUGGAAGCGAGAAGAUCCCCGUCAUGACCAAAAUCUACGAGACGCUGGGAAAGAAGACCUACAAGAGAGAGCUGCAGGCACUGCAGGGGGAGGGGGAGACGCCUCACGCUGACAGCCACAAGAAGAACAGUGUUCGACACAAACUAGUGUCUCUCACCCUGAAGAAGAAAUCCAAGAUCACUGAGGAGGUCACCAAGCGCCUUAACGAUGGUGAGUAUGGUCUCCACGGCAACAGCAUGUUGGAGGACCGGCCAACAUCCAACCUGGAGAAACUUCACUUCAUCAUUGGCAAUGGCAUCCUGAGACCAGCACUGAGGGAUGAGAUCUACUGUCAGAUCUGUAAGCAGCUGAGUCAGAACCCGUCUAAGAGUUCUCACGCUCGCGGCUGGAUCCUCAUCUCUCUGUGUGUCGGCUGCUUCGCCCCUUCGGACAAGUUUGUCAAGUACCUGAGGAACUUCAUCAGCAGCGGGCCGCCGGGUUACGCUCCAUACUGUGAAGAGAGGCUGAGACGAACAUUUGUCAACGGGACGAGAACACAACCUCCGUCCUGGUUGGAGCUGCAGGCCACCAAGUCGAAGAAGCCCAUCAUGCUGCCGGUGACGUUCAUGGACGGCACAACAAAAACACUGCUGACAGACUCGGCCACCACAGCCAUGGAGCUCUGCAGCGCCCUGUCCGACAAAAUCAACCUGCAGGACCGAUUCGGGUUCUCGCUCUACAUCGCACUGUUUGACAAGGUCUCCUCUCUAGGCAGCGGGAACGACCAUGUGAUGGACGCCGUGUCGCAGUGCGAGCAGUAUGCGAAGGAGCAGGGAGCCCAGGAGAGGAACGCCCCCUGGAGGCUGUUCUUCAGGAAGGAGAUCUUCACGCCCUGGCACAGCCCCGUCGACGACCAGGUCGCCACCAACCUCAUCUACCAACAAACUGUCAGGGGCGUUAAGUUUGGAGAGUACCGCUGCGACAGGGAUGACCUGGCAGAACUGGCCUCUCAGCAGUAUUACGUUGACUACGGUUCAGAGAUCCUUCUGGAGCGCCUGCUGAGCCUCAUCCCCUCCUACAUCCCUGACAGAGAGAUCAGCACCUCCAGGACGGUGGAGAAAUGGGCUCAUUUAAUCAUGGCUGCACACAAAAAGGGCAUCUACACCCAGAAGAGGUUUGACCCUCAGAAGGUGAAGGAGGAAGUGGUGGACUUCGCUCGCCACAAAUGGCCUCUGCUUUUCUCUCGCUUCUAUGAAGCCUUCAAGUUCUCAGGUCCCAGUCUGCCCAAAAACGACCUGAUCGUCGCCGUCAACUGGACCGGGGUUUACUUUGUAGACGAGCAGGAGCAGGUCCUCCUCGAGCUCUCCUUCCCAGAAAUCAAUGCAGUUUCCAGCAGCAGGGGAGGAAAGUUACAGAGUCAGAGUUUCACUUUGGCAACCAUCAAAGGAGAAGAGUACACCUUCACCUCCAACAAUGCAGAGGACAUCCGCGACCUGGUGGUGACCUUCCUGGAAGGCCUGAGGAAGAGGUCCAAGUUUGUGGUCGCACUGCAGGACAACCCCAACCCCACUGGGGAGGAGUCCACAUUCCUGAGCUUCCUGAAGGGAGACCUCAUCCUGUUGGACCAGGACACCGGCGAACAGGUACUCAACUCUGGUUGGGCACACGGUGUUAACGGACGAACCAAUCAGAAAGGAGAUUUCCCAGCUGACUGCGUCUAUGUCCUGCCCACCAUGACCCGACCGCAGCAAGAAAUAGUGGCACUGGUAACCAUGACACCGGACCAGCGACAGGAGUCGGUUCGUGUUUCGCAGCUCGUCCUGCCGGAGAGCGAUGACAGGAUGAAACCCUACACACUGGAGGAGUUCUCCUAUGACUACUUCAGGCCUCCUCCCAAACACACCCUGAGCAGGGUGAUGGUCACUAAGAAUCGUGGGAAGGACAAGAUGUGGAGCUGCACCAGAGAGCCACUGAAGCAGCCGCUGCUGAAGAAGGUCGUCAACCACGAGGAGCUGGCGCAGGACGCCUGCAUGUCCUUCAUAUCUUUGAUGAAGUACAUGGGAGACUACCCGUCCAAACGGACGCGCUCCGUCAACGAAUUGACAGAUCAGAUCUUUGAAGGAGCACUGAAGGCCGAACCUCUGAAAGACGAGAUCUACUGUCAGAUCAUCAAACAGCUCACUGACAACCACGUCAAGUACAGUGAGGAGAAAGGCUGGGAGCUGCUGUGGUUGUGUACUGGUCUGUUUCCUCCAAGUAACAUGCUGCUGCCGCACAUCCAGCGCUUCCUCCAGUCCAAGAAACACCACCCGCUCUCUGGAGACUGCAUGCAGAGGCUGCACAAAGCUCUACGUAACGGAUCCAGGAAGUACCCCCCCCAUCUGGUGGAAGUGGAGGCCAUCCAACAUAAGACAACUCAGAUCUUCCACAAAGUUUACUUCCCUGACGAUACAGACGAGGCAUUUGAGGUGGAGUCCAGCACCAAAGCCAAGGAUUUCUGCCAGAACAUUUCAACCAGACUGCUGCUCAAAUCUCCUGAAGGCUUCAGCCUCUUCGUCAAGAUCUCAGACAAGGUGAUCAGUGUGCCAGAGGGAGAUUUCUUCUUUGACUUUGUCAGACAUUUGACUGACUGGAUCAAGAAAUCUAGACCAGCUAAAGAAGGAAUCGUUCCCUCUCUGACUUAUCAGGUGUUUUUCAUGAAGAAGUUGUGGACCAAUACAGUUCCAGGGAAGGACUCCUUUGCUGACUCCAUCUUUCACUACUACCAGGAGCUGCCUAAGUACCUCCGUGGCUACCAUAAGUGUUCACGAGAAGAGGUUUUCCAAAUAGCAGCUCUCAUCUAUCGUGUGAAGUUUGAAGAUGACAAAUCCCACUUUCCUACAAUUCCCAAGAUGCUUCGGGAGCUGGUUCCCCAGGAUCUAAUUCGCCAGAUGUCCCCGGAUGACUGGAAAAGGUCAGUGGUUGCAUACUUCAACAAGCACGCCGGUAAAUCAAGAGAAGAAGCCAAACUGAUGUUCCUAAAGAUCAUCUACAAAUGGCCAACCUUUGGCUCCGCCUUCUUUGAGGUCAAGCAAACCACAGAGCCCAACUUCCCAGAGAUCCUGCUGAUCGCCAUCAACAAGCAUGGAGUCAGUCUCAUCGACCCGAAGACGAAGGACAUCCUGACCACUCACCCCUUCACCAAGAUCUCCAACUGGAGCAGUGGAAACACCUACUUCCACAUCACCAUCGGCAACCUGGUCAGAGGAAGCAAACUGCUGUGUGAGACCUCGCUGGGCUACAAAAUGGACGACCUGCUGACCUCCUACAUCAGCCAGAUGCUGACCACUAUGAACAAGCAGCGCUCUGGGCGGGGCCACAGCAAGUGAACUUCUUACUGGCAGGAAGCCGCCGAGCUCAUCCGGCUCUUGCGCCCUAUUGGCCAGCACUGCAGCUGGGGGCGGACCUUUGCCCACCAGCUGUGGAGGAUGAGCCGCAGUCCUUCUGCUAGCUCAGAAGGUUCAAAGCUUACCGGGGAAAUUUCGUCUUCCAGCAGCGACGACCCCGGCGAAGGCCCCAGCAACUACCACCUCUACAACUAUGAUGAAGAUGAGGAUGAGCCGUCCAGCGAGGAUGACUACCUCUGAACUCUCCGUCCAGCAGGUCAGGAUUCAACAGUCAGACCUUCUUGUACAGAAAUACAUACUGCUGUCAUGUUAACUUUAUUUGGCUGAUUCAGAUUAAACUGAUGAGACUCCGUAAAACACCUUUCAUAAAUGUUUACUGCCUGAAUGUUUGAACAUUUUAAGGACUUUGCUACCUAAAAGUACAUCAGUAAACUAAGCUGUGAUUAGAUAUUAUACAUUUAUGAACUACAAGAGAGACUGGUGGACUACAGAAGCUAGGAAGCUCAUCGACUCAUAAUGGAAGUACAGCUGCCUGACUCGCUUUUAAAUAUUACAGCCAUGUCCCUUGUCUGUUAUAGUUUGUUCAUUGGAUUAAAUUCAAAGUGGCAGAAAAGAGAAAACCACCCGCACCACCUCGCUUCGUCCUCACAGCAGCCAGGAGGCUGAGUGUAGAAGCAGCCCCAGGGAACGGUGUAGCCUCAGUUAGCAGUUAGCUGCAGUUCAGCAUCGGCAAACUCCCUGAUGCUGCCGUUACAAGGUCCAGUAGCCGCUGUGACUGCUGGGCUGGUCUUGUUCUGGCUGAGCUCAAGUCUCCUCUGACUUCUCUCUUCCCCCGGCGGGCUGUUCUCCUUGCUGCGCUGCCACCGGGAAGACGAGACGAAUAUCCGGGUCGUUUUCUAGUUUCUGCCACUUUGGAUUUAGUAACUAACUAACGUAAUGUCACACAGACUACAGCCCCGGUUAACAUCAGCGCUCAGUAAACACAGAUGAUCAGCUCCACCUGAAGAUUAUAAGACAGCAGAUGUUUUCUGACCGGCUCUCACAGUUUCAGCAGUUUGGUCGACUGUUGGUAUUCUUGUCCACUGACUGGCUGACAGGCUUUACACAGUAAAUGUAAAACAUAAUAUAAAGAAUAAAUAAAAAUACAAUAAAUAUGCCAAACUACUACAACACAAAUAUGAACAUUAGAGAUUGUAUGGACCCAGUUUAGAGGUGAAAUACUGCCCCUUAUUUCUUUGGAGCAGGUGGCUCGGAAUUACACAUUGAACCUUUAAUGUCAAUAGAUACGUGUACUUAAUAUUAAUUAUAGGCCCUAUUUUCACUACUGGUUGUCCAUCUUUAUUUGACUUAUAUGAUUGUGAAAAGGAUAUUAAAUUAAAUUAUAUGUGGUAUUUAAAAAGUCUUACAUUUAAUUUGGCGAACACUGCAGAAGCCAUCGCUAACCUCCAAGAGUUAGCAUGCUAAUGUUAGCCUUCAACUUAAAGGACAGCUUAGAAAUUAAGGUAAGAGCACUCAACUCAGAAUGUAAACAUGUUUUAUUUGGCAACUUGACCUUCCCUGUGGCACCAUUCUGUGGAUAGAUGUUUUUUUUGUCUCACCACCAAAAAGGAUUUAAAAAUAUCAAAGUUUUCAUCCAUACUAUUGUGGUUUUGUUUCGUGUGUGUUUAUUUAACAUUUAAUGUUCCUGUAGUGAGUAUCACUACAGGAACUCACUUUAGUGAAGCUAUAGACAUUUAGUCUCGUUACUUUUUUGCCUAGUGCAUCUUGAAAUACUGACAAAGUCAUAAAGUCAUAAAGUUAUGUUCUUUCUUAGAUACAGUAUUGGAUGUAAUUUUCUUGCAGAAAACAAGGUCAGAAACAGUUUUUCUUGUUCUUUCUUAUUGUUGGUUUUAAGAGUUAAUCUUUUCAUCACUUUAUUUGGGUUUAGAAAAACAUUUAUCUAUUUCUCUGGCCUUGGAACCAAACAGUGUAAGUGAAGUGGCGUUAAGGGACCUGAUCUCAUGUAUUUAAAACUGUGAAACACUACAAACAGACCUGUGGGGUGUUUUGGGUCCCAGACCAUAGCUUUGCUAUGUGUGGUCUAUACUGUGUGACAGUUUACAUUGGGGUUUUGUUUUUUAAUACUUAAUUCAUGUAAAUUAAUUUAUGUUUAAACCUCUUCUGUUUUGUUUAAUGUUGUAGAUUAUUAUCAGUUGUGUUUAGUUUUACAUUUCAUGCCUUAAUCGUUUCUCUUUCUGUUGAGACUGCAUUAACCAGCAUUCCCGUGGAGUGCAGCUGCUGUUCUGAUGGGGCUUUUAUAACAUUUCUGUAGUUUGACAAAAAUAAUCUUAACUCCAGGUCCACUUUGGUCCAGCUUUUCCACUUUGGUUUUCAGUAUUAAACAUUUGGUCAUGUGAUAAUAGAUAUUCACAUCCUACACAGAUGUUAAGUAUACAGUAGUAUCCACUGAUGAAAACCAUGAGAUGCAGCCAAAAAGCACUGGAAAAAGCUCGUAAGACUAUGUUGUCUACUCUCACCCCUUUUUUAUUGUUGUUCCAAAUGUAAUUUGUCUUAAUAAGUUCUUUAGUUUGCAGAUGCAUUUAUAACUAAAGGUUUAGAAUAUUUGUGUUAAAAAGGAAUUUUCCACAUCACACUUUUUUCAGCACAGUUGCCUAAAAUUGUCCUAUUUACUAAGAAACUUAAAUGUCUAAGUGUAAGCAAGUCAUUACACAUAAAAUGUACUUCACAGAUCUCCCAAGACUGCCAGUGUAGUGCAUUAAAACAACUUGAACUACUAAGAGAACACAUACCUCCCUCACCGAGGCUGAGCUAUAAUAUAAAAUGUUUGAAAUAUUUUUCAUCUGUAUCUGGACCUGCGACAAAAUACACAGUGUUGAACAAUCAUGAAAUCAAAUCAAAAAGUGCAGUAGCUCAUGAGAAGAAGAAAUCCUUAAAGAUACUUCCUGGAUCUUGAUUGGGAUCCUGGGUUGUUGUGUGAAAAGCUGCUCAGAGUGAAAUGUAAGUUUAAAGUGAGUCACAUUGUUUUGUCCUUUGGAGGGGUUAACUUUAGCUUCUUCAUACAAAGCCUCCAUUACAUUUUCACACUACAUGUCAUUUAGCAGACGCUCUUAUCCAGAGCGACUUACAGUGAACUAACUACAGCUCAGGGUUAAGUACAUUGCUUCCUUGUUGUAUUGGGAAGCCGUAGCACUAGACCACUAGACCACCACCACCACCCAUUCCUACAUUUCACUAAGGAUGUUUUACUCAUAAGUCAAACAUCAGGAUCAUUGUUAAGAUAACUUUUAUACAUUUGUCCUUUAAACAUUUCUCACAGAUUUCACACAAAUAACUAACCUUUUGUUCAAUAAGACACGCAGGGCAGGUCAGUUGUUUUCCCCAGAAGACAGAAUAUCUGCUGUAAAACUAGAUAAACAUUUUUUAAUAUUUGAAAUACACUCACCCGGUGGCCUUACCUCCACUAUGGUUGCAUUAAAAACAGACAUCCAGUUGUUUAUUCUGUCGUGGCACAGAUCUGAUUUUUGCCUGGGUUUAUUUCCUCGCUUUAACACUUUGUGGCACAGCUAAGCAAACAUCUUACUGAUCAAUACAUGACUAUUGCAUCGUCAAAGUCCAAAAGCAAAUUCAGUUUAGCUUUGAAAAGAUUAGCAAGUUAUUAUAAAAUUAUAAAAUGUUAACUAUAAAACUGAUGUUAUAAGUAACUCUUUAAAUACAAACGUGUUAAGGCUUGAGAAGAAAUGCCCGGACUUUUGCACGUUUGUCAAAAAGAGAAAAACAUGUUACUUUGUGUUGAUUAAUAAAAUAAAACAAUCUGAUCCGUGCCACAAGGGUCUAGACAUUUUUCCUUAUUAUUUUCCUUCAUUGUUUCGGGGAAACUCAGGCAUGUUUGUGUGAAGGUGUUUCUUUUUAUGUGUCAUGUCUACUUGUUGAUGUAACAAAGCCUUCAUCCAUUAACCUGCACUGGUUUUGUUGUGUCCGUAUGAUGAACAAAUACACUGGUAUUUUAACAGUGCCAACCAUUUCAUUUGAUACCUUUAUGUCCAGUUUGUUGUUUUUCUUUGUGGACUAAUGCAAACUUGUGUUUUUGCCUGUUGCUUUUUAAUUGUGUUAUUGUCUAUGAUUGUGUAACCGGUCUCUUGACUUCCUGUAGUGUUUUCAUGCUCUGUGUCAUGUGUGCUUUCACUUUUGUAUAAAACAUUAAAGAAAUGUGUUUUGACUUGA